GGGGCGGGUUCGGGCCGUUCCGGCGGCGCUCGGGCCUGUCCCAGGCUGGGCCGGGUCGGAGGCGGCAGAACGGGGCUGGAGCCGAGCGGCGGCGGAUGGAGCCGGCGGAGAGGCACUGGGAAGGGGGACGUAGCACGACACACUGUUCUGGACUUGAAGCCUCCCAGACUCCAAGAAACCCGCUUCUUUUUUGGUGAAACAGACCCUGACCUCGGGUUUCCUUGCUGCAUGCCCGCUCACCAGUGCUGGAUUAUGUUUGUCUCCUUCUCCCUUUGCUCCAUAAUUUGGCUGAAUCGUGGUUUCAAGCUCAGGAAAAGGGGCUGCACCUAAAGAGCUCCGUGGCAACCGGACUAGGCUCCUGGGGUGCUGUUUCACACAGAGACAUUCAGAGUGCUGAUGGGGGAGAGCUGCCUCUGAGGACCCUCCUCUCCUGCCUGAAACGUGCUGUCUGACUGUUCAGAGCCCUUCUCCCCUCCCCCCGGCAGAGAGGAUGGGCAGCACCGACGGCUUCCAGUACCGUGCGCUCUACCCCUACCGCAAGGAGCGCGAGGAGGAUAUCGACCUGCUGCCCGGGGACAUCCUGGUCGUCAGCAAGGGGGCCCUGCAGUCCCUGGGUUUCAAAGACGGGGAUGAGCAGACCCCCAACCAGAUCGGGUGGAUCCUGGGUGUCAAUGAGCGGACCAAGCAGAAGGGGGACUUCCCUGGCACCUACGUGGAGUACGUGGGGCCAGUGAAGAUCUCGGUCCCUUCUCACCGGCCCCGAGUGCAGAGACCCUUGCCUGCCACGCCUGGGGCCAGCGGCUGCCGGCUGCCGGAGGCUGUGGAGCAAGGGUCUCCUCUCCUGGACUUGCAGGAGCAGUUCAGCCCUCCCGAGAUUGCUCCGCCGCUCCUGGUGAAGCUGCUGGAAGCUAUUGAGAAGAAAGGGUUAGACAGCGAGAUGUUGUACAGGACAUCUGGCUCCGAACUGAGGCAGGCGCUGAGAACCGAUUGGACCCUGGGUGACCUGGAGCCCUUGGACGUGCACUCCCUGGGUGAGGUGCUGCGGGGUUACCUGCAGGACCUGCCCUCCCCCGUGGUGCCUGUGUCCGUGCAUGGAGACAUCCUUCGCAUCCUGCAGGAGAUCCCCCAGCCAGAGAAUUGCCGGAAGCAGCUGCUGCUGGCCCUGGAGUCGCCUGCAGUACCGCUCCAGAACACGCUCACCCUGCAGUUCCUGCUCCGGCAUCUGGGGAAGGUAUCGCAGCGGGCCGAGAGCAACGGCCUCCACCCUCGGGCCCUGGGAGAGAUCUUCGGCCCCCUGCUCCUGCGGCUGCCUGGCGCCAGCCCAGAGCUGAGCCCUGACUUCUCCGUGCUGUUUUUGGAGACGCUCCUGCAGACGAAGGAGCUGGAGCCGGAACAGUUGCCUCCAGCCUUGCCUCCCAAACCGCCGAAGCCAAAGCCCAGCACAGCCAGCCUGGCCAACGGGAGCAGCGCACCCUUGCAGGAUGCUGAGUGGUACUGGGGGGACAUUUCUAGGGAGGAGGUGAACGAGAAGCUACGGGACACACCGGAUGGGACUUUCUUGGUGCGUGAUGCUUCCAGCAAGAUCCAGGGGGAAUACACACUCACGCUCAGAAAGGGAGGCAAUAACAAGCUGAUCAAGAUCUUCCACCGGGAAGGGAAGUAUGGCUUCUCAGAGCCCUUGACUUUUGGCUCCGUGGUGGAGCUCAUCACCCACUACCGGCACGAGUCGCUCGCCCAGUACAACGCCAAGCUGGACACCAGGCUGCUCUACCCCAUCUCCAAGUACCAGCAGGACCAGCUGGUGAAGGAGGACAGUGUGGAAGCCGUUGGGGAGCAGCUGAAGGUGUAUCAUCAGCAGUACCAGGACAAGAGCUGGGAGUACGACCUGCUGUAUGAGGAGUACACACGCACUUCCCAGGAGCUGCAGAUGAAGAGGACGGCAAUCGAGGCCUUCAAUGAGACGAUCAAGAUCUUUGAGGAGCAGUGUCAGACCCAGGAGAAGUGCAGCAAGGAGUACAUAGAGCGCUUCCGGCGGGAGGGCAACGAGAAGGAGGUGCAACGGAUCCUCAUGAACUCAGAGAAGCUCAAGUCUCGCAUCACAGAGAUCCACGACAGCAAGAUGAAGCUGGAGCAGGACCUGAAGAAGCAAGCCUCGGAGAACCGGGAGAUCGACAAGCGCAUGAACAGCCUCAAGCCAGACCUCAUGCAGCUGCGCAAACUGCGGGACCAGUACUUGGUAUGGCUCACGCAGAAGGGUGCCCGACAGAAGAAGAUCAACGAGUGGCUGGGCAUCAAGAAUGAGACGGAGGACCAGUACUCCAUGAUGGACGACGAGGAGGAGCUGCCCCACCACGAGGAGCGAACGUGGUACGUGGGGAAGAUCAACCGCGUGCAGGCAGAGGAGAUGCUGUGUGGCAAGAGGGAUGGCACCUUCCUGAUCCGUGAAAGCAGCCAGAAGGGAUGCUACGCCUGCUCCGUGGUGGUGGACGGUGACACCAAGCAUUGCGUGAUCUACAAGACGGCGACGGGCUAUGGGUUCGCUGAACCCUACAACCUCUAUGCCUCCCUCAAGGACCUGGUCUUGCACUACAAGCACACAUCCCUGGUGCAGCACAAUGACUCCCUGAAUGUCACGCUGGCUCACCCGGUCCUUUCCCAGCCACCAGCCAGAUGAGCAGCCCAUGCACAACACAACAGCUGCCUUCAGCUUCUCCCCAGGGCGCUGCUUUCUGGCUCUGGACUCUUGCACCCUGUAUAGUUGAGUCUCUGUGCUCCUGCUCCUUCAGAGCCUCUGAGAUGUCUGUGACCGUUCCUGAUGUCCCUCUUGGUCAGUAGCUGAAACCCGUGUUGGCUGAUGGGACAGAAAGGCUGGGCUGUUGAUUCCCAGCGGGCUCCAGCCUCUAGGAGGUGGGAUCCAGUCGUGAUUGAAUUGCUGGGGGCGAGCACAGCCCCCUCCCCUUCCCUGAUAAGCAGGUCAGAUCCCCUUCUUGCUGGCAGGUCGCCCCGCUAUGCAUCACUGUAGAGCUUGGUUCCCAAUUCCUUGGAGCACUCCAGCUGGGACCGAGGGGCUCCCUGUCUGGAUGCUGGAGGAGGCAGAGGAGCAGUGUAUGCAUCCUUCAGUCUCACUUCCCUUGGUGGUCUGGCAGGCUGUGAUGGUGUCUGGUACGAGGGCUGCUGCUCUUGCAUGCAGAGACUCAUUUAGGAAGGAGAAACCUCACCCUCCGUGGGGCUCCCCGGCUGAGGUUUCCCCACCUCACCGUCAUUUCCUAGUGUCAUAACCACCUCUGGAUUGUUGCUGCCCGGGCAGGGAGGAUCCAGUUAGUGAUGGAUCUCUUGCUUUAGUUGUGCCAGUGAAGCUGUGAAAUCCGUGUUGGUACCCGUGUUUUUCCUGGCAGGAUCUGUGGGAUGCACAGUUCGUUGUUCCCGGCUGGCCUCAGUGACUCUCUGCACACGUAACCCGUUUGAAGCUGGACUGUAGCUCUGUAAAUAUGGUUCUUUUUGUGA